AUGUUCGAGGCCCAGGCGGCGUACUACUUGAACAAGUACCUGGGGCAGUACGUCGAUGGGGUGGAUCCCAAGUCCCUUCGCAUAUCGGUGUGGCAGGGCAAUGUUGUGCUCCGAGACCUGCGCGUGCGUCCUGAGGCCCUCCAGGACCUCAAGCUGCCCGUCACCGUGAAGGCGGGGAUGCUGGGAACGCUGACCCUGAAGGUUCCAUGGGCGAAUCUUGGAAAGGAACCUGUGGUGGUGGAGGUCGACAACCUGUACAUCCUGGCAGCGCCAUUCAAGGAAGAAAGGAACUUUGAGUCAGAAGAGGAAGUUCAACAGUUUGCAGAAGAGAUGGAGAGGAUGGAGAGGGCUGCCAAAAGGAGACGGGUUGAGAGCGCAGAGCUCGAUUUCAUGGAGAAAUUAAACACAAAGGCACAGAAGAAGGUAGCUGCUACCCCAGCUGAUGAAGACAAAGGAGGUUUUCUCCAGUCCUACAUCGAGACAAUCAUAGGCAACUUGGAACUGCGAAUCACAAAUGUGCAUAUCCGAUAUGAGGAUGACCAGACAAGUCCUGGUCAGAGCUUUGCUUUCGGCUUCACUUUGGAAGAAUUGAGCGCUCACACCAUCGAUGACCAGGGCAACAAGACAUUCGUCACUGCCAAGAAUAUGAUGCAAGUCAGAAAGGCUGCUAGUCUCAAGCGCCUGGCGGUGUACUUCGAUGUCUCCAACAAGUUGUGGCAAGAACAGAGCGACUGGUUGCAGUUGCCAAGCAUGUCUUGGGAUUCAGUGUUCCUGCCAUUGAUUCACAGCGAGAUCGAACCAGGUGCCACACAGUCAUUCCUCCUCAGACCAGUGGAUGGCUCACUGAACUACAGGAGGCGUAUGAAGGGGAAAGGGCAGGAGGAUGAGCCAAAGCAGGAGAUUGGCCUGAGAUUGGUUGAGAUCGCCAUUCACCUAUCAAGAGGACAGUAUGAGCACGUUCAGAAUCUGCUGUCAGUGUUCAACCUGUAUGAGCUGAGCACCCCUCAUAGACAUUUGCGCCCUCCAUGUCGACCCAGGAAUGCUGCUGGUGCACGCCUCUGGUGGUCGUAUGCAUACAAAGCUCUCAUGCACAGAUCACUAGGCAACAAAAUGUCACUCCACAAGCUAAAGCAGAUCUCUGAGACACGGAGGAUGUAUGUCAAGCGCUAUGUUAAGUGUUUAAUGGAUGGAAGCGUGGGGGUUGGAGGCGAUGACGCUAUUUCUGCAAUGGAUGCUGAGUUGCCAGAAUGGACGAUACUGGUGUUCAGGCAGAUGGCCCAUGUCCAGGUUGAUAAUGCAAAGAGGAAAGCAUUGGCAGAAGAAGCCUCAAGAAAGGCUGCAAGGGCCAAAACGACGAGGUGGUGGGGGUGGGGGCCCACCAAGGUUGAUGAGCAGUUACAGGAACAAGGAAAUGGUCCAGCAGAAAUUGAGCUUUCAGUAGCACCUGAGGAAUGGAAGAAGUUGCAUGAUCUAAUGGCUGUGGAGGUUGAAGAGGAGUCUGGCGGCUCUGCCAAUGCAUUGGAAACUCUGCUCACUGUGUGUGUCAACUCUUCAGCCAUGUGCCUGACAGAUGAGAAGGGCCAGAUGAUUUUGGAAGGGGUGCUCAAGGGCACUACAGUCGUUUCCAAGACAUACGGACAGAAGAGCAGCUUGGAGCUGGCAGUAAUGUCGACUGCAUUACUGUGUGGCGAAGGUGCGCUGUUGAGCUCUGGAACCAACCAAACCAUCUCAACAGGGCAUGAUGGUGGAAAUGUCGAAUCGCUUGAGCAGGCUGUGAAAUUGUGCUACACCAGCACGCCGCAGGAUAGGGGCACAAAUGCUUCAUUGAUGAUCCAAUUGAGUAGUGGCUAUGUGACCUACCACGAUGCAGCCAUCAAGGAAGUGCUGAAAUUUUUCAG